GAGAGACGAGCCGCAAAACACGGAACCGGAGAGAAACGACGGGGCUCUGUCUGCGGGGGUUUCAUCCCGACACCUGAGUGUAAACAAAGACGAGCUUUCGAACCGGAGAAAGAAACGGUGAGAGCGGCCGCCGCGUUUCUCCGGAGCGACGCGACCGGAGCGGCCGGUGCGGAGUGGGAGUUGGUGCGGCCGGUGUGACGUCAGAGCCGCCGGUGCUGUUCUCAGAAUAGACUUCUAGGAAACGGUAAUUUUUAAAAGCCGAGCCUUUACACUGUGUCCUUCACACAUUUGGAUCCCAUUCCGUCGACAACACACUCCAAACCCGCUGCUGAGGAGAUUUCUAUGUUUUAAGGUUUAUUGUUUUCAUAUUUUUUUUAACUGAACAUUUUGUAUCCGGCGUUUCUUAUAUAAACUACAGGAACAAAAAAACAUAACCCCCCCCCCCCCGUGCUGGAUAAUACAUACGGUGCCUUUUUAUUGUCCUACUCGUUUCUUACCGAUGUUAAGGCUCAUUUUCUCGCUAAGUAGUUUUUUGAUUCUCCAGAGCUCAGUCUCUAUAUGUUUUCCUUAAUUUUUGAAGGAGAAAUACUGAGCGGAUCUUAGCCAAGAGGAUUCAAGAAAUAGCAUGAUUCUUUGUGUACCAGGUCCGAGAGCUCCUCUGCCCGUUGCUCCGUCCUCUGAAACCCCACGGGGUAUGCGGGCAGGAACUGUACCUCCCACCCCAUGCCUCCAAAGCACCCCUGCACUAUGGGACCCAACAAAGGACCUGCGGGCAAUUGCAAGCAACUUCUGCUAUCUAGAAAAUUCAGGUUGGUACUGGGGAGCUGUGACGGCAGCUCAGGCCCACGCUGCACUUCAAGAGUCGUCUGAAGGAGCGUUCUUGGUGCGAGACAGCAGUCACCCUCUUUACAUGCUGACCCUCUCGGUCCGGACGGCACGCGGUCCCACCAGUAUACGGAUCCAGUACAGCGGCGCCCAGUUUUUGCUGGACUCCAGCUCCCCGGCCCGGCCCAGCCUGUCGUCCUUCCCCAAUGUGCCCAGCCUGGUGCAGCACUACAUGGGACCAGAGAGGAAAGCGGAGGAGGGGAAGGUGGAGGAGGAGGCCCCUUUGAAACCCUCUCAGCAGACAAUACAGGAGACGUCUGUGGUAUUAAAACUGAAGCGGGCUGUGUACAAGCCCCAGGGUCUCCCCUCUUUACAGCACCUCACACGCCUCGUCAUUAACAGACACUCUGACUACCCCGACCAGCUACCACUCCCGAGGCCUCUGCUGCGUUACAUACAGGACUACCCCUUCAAGGUAUAAGAGGUCCCUCAAGUCUAUGAUUACGACUUCAAGGAAAAAUAAAACUGUCAAACAGGUCCUGUCCUCCAGAGACUGCAGCGACCGGCCGUUAGGAGGCCAGUCACGAAAAUACUGGACACAGGGUCACGUCUUUGCUGGAGAAAUGUGCACAAGUUCAGUUAAUACUGACGUGCCUGGUUUCAGACUUAAUUUGUGGAGGACUCAUUGAUGAAGUACCAGAGAAGAAGACAACUUGUGAGCAGACCUCAGUACUGUAAUCCCUUAUUUCAUGAUGGAUGAGGAAAAUUGUCCAUAUCUGUAUAACCUUCAUCAGCUCUGGAUGUACAUGCUGUUCCUGAGAAGUACACUGAUUCCAUUGAGACAUCUUUUACGCCGUUUUAUUUUUCUCAGUAAAACAUUUUUUCUACCUUUUACAUGUGUACAUUUUUCUAUUAAAAUAACCGAUUGGAGUCCAA